AUGGAAUUCAUAUCUGCAGAUUACUCAAGCAGCAGCAGCAGCAACAGCAGCAUUGAUACCGACAGCGAAAGUGAAAGUGGUAACCAAGCUGAAAUACAAACUGGACCAACCGAGAAACCCAGAAGACAAUCAGAAGGUUGCAUUGAUCUACCUGCAAUUCCAGAAUCUGUUAUAUCGAAGUACCAUAUCACGCCGAACUUGCAAAAAUACGAACAGCAAGAUAUGAACAUGACUCCUUUUUGGCGCUCGUUUGUAUAUUGUGAGUGGCGUCCGACCCCAGAGGUUCGUCGAGAACUCCAGCAAAUCAUAUUCAAGUAUACCAAGACAUUUACGGAAAAAAAUUCCAGUGAUCCAUACCAACUAGCGGAACUUAGUCCUCUGUUUCUCUCGAACUUGGGGGCACCCAAACCGUUACACAUUUCCCUAACGCGGUCACUGCUGUUCGAAUCAGAAGAACAACGACACAUAUUCAUCCGGGAAAUACGACACGGUUUGCAGAAUAAUAAAUUUGCGCCAUUUAAACUCGAGGUCAGCCCACAUCCAAAGCUGUAUAUAUCAGAGAGGGCCAACGCCUUGUAUCUGGGACUCCCCAUCUCCGAGCGCUCGAGUAGGACACGUCUUUCCUCACUUAAGCCCAUAAUAGAAAACGCACUUCAGAAAUCAGGCAUCCCCAACUACCAGCAACUCAUCGUAGCCCCGUGCAGCUUCCACAUCUCAAUUGCCAUAGCCAGGUACCCCUCCAGGGCCACACUACAACGCUAUCAACAACUCAACGAAAUCAUGGGGGCAAUCAUGCUUAUCAACAAUGACCUCACAUACCAACCAACUGUCUUGAUCAACUCGAUCUACUGUGAUGAAAACCGUCAGUCAACAAGAAUUCCUUUUCAAUAG